AUGAAUCCAAAAGAGCAUGCAAAAUUAAUCACCUUGAUUUUGGAAGGAGGGUAUGAAGCUCCAAUUAUGAGAGAAGAGGUCACCAAAAAAGGAGGUGAGGGAUAUUGUUGGGUAGAUGAAAGUGAGUUUGUAAAUGAAGUGAGUGAGGAAGCGAGAGGAAGCUUAAAAUUGAGUGAUGAGGGUGCCUUAAAGAGAGACGAGGGAGAAGUGCAUAGCCAAGCUCCAUUGAAAGCAUAUGAGCCUCGUAUUCCAUUCCCUCAUCGAAUGAUAGAGAAGAAGCUAAAUGAGAAACUUUCCAAGCUUAAGGAGAGUGAUUCUAUCUUCCUUCCAACGGAGAUAAGUGAUAUUUCUAAAAAUGAGCUUCCCGAGAAGUUUGGUGACCCCGGUAGUUUUGCUACACCGGUGAAGCUUGGGGAUCUUGAAUCAACAAAUGCGUUGUGUGACCUUGAGGCUAGUGUUAGCCUUAUGCCUCUCUCUAUGGUUACAAGGUUGAAUCUUGGGGAUAUAAGUCCCACCAAAAUGUCAAUCCAACUAGCCGACCACUCGGUAAAAAUCCCAUUGGGAGUCUUAAAGGACAUCCCGAUUCAAGUGGUGAAGGCUCUUAUGCAUUGCUAUUUUGUAAUCAUGGAGAUGGAUGAGGAUUCCAAAGCACCUCUCAUAUUGGGUAGGCCCUUUUUUAAAACCGCGGGUGUUAACAUUGAUAUGAAACAAGGACUACUUAGCUUGCAUGUUGGGAAUGAAAAUAUUUUCUUCUCAUUUCCGGAAAUUUCAAGUGAGCCCAUAAUGAAACAAGUUCAUCAGAUCGAUGUUUUGGCUAAUACUUUGAAAGAAGACAUGGAGGAGCCACAAUAA